UAGGACCAAGACUGAGAACCACAAUGUUCGACGAUACUCGCCUCGACGUGCCAGCUGACCUCGUGCGAGACGCCAAGAACAAUCUCCGUUACAAGUUCCCGCUCCUUCUUGUUGUUGGGGCCCUACAGGAUGCCGGGCGAAUACUAUAUGUUGCAACGAAUGCUUCUGCAAAAAAUGCGGACGUUCACAUCAAAGCACAAGACCUUCUAUUCGACUUCGUUAAAAUCUGUGACGGUUUUAUCUUGGUCUCGACAAAUUUUAAGACAGGAGCCAAAGACAUUGUUGAAGCUUUGCACAUUGCCUAUCUCUACCUGAUUGAUGGUGUCCCAGAUAUGGCUUUCACUAAGAUGGACUCCUUGAAGACAACACUGGGGGGAAUGCUGAAGAGAGUCGGACAUGUGUCAGCGCUGUUGUCCCAGACCAAGAUCAAGUUUCGGCAAGCUCGCGCCAUCACCAGUCCGCCUCAAAAGCAGAUGACAAGGACCUUGGAACUUUGUCUCCAGACUCUAGAUGCGGCAAAGUCCCAAGUGGACUUGAUCGAGGAGUACUGUCGUGACUUGGCCCCCGAGGUGGAACUGUGGUUGCGAGAAUGUCAGGAGGUAGCUCAGCCCCAGAUGGCGCGGAACCGCCAAGAUGCAGAGAGAUUGAGACAGGAAGACCAGAAGAAGUACUGGAAAGAACUGAUAAAUCAGCCAGAUGUCAAAUUGUAUUUAGCAAGAUGGAGGGCUCUCUCCUUACUUUGUUCGGAAAACCACCCCACCCUGGUGAGAACACGACAUACCAUCGACUCUUACUACACCAGUAACCCAAUGCCAAAUGAGGCAAUAAAACAGGCUUGGAGGGAUGCUGAGGAGCUACCUAUAGCUAAUGCCAGGUGGAAGGCACUAUUGGCAAAACAAGAUCUACCACACCUGGUUGAGCCAGAGAUACCAGAUGAACCUCCUGAGCUGAUUGCCCCACCAGACAUGACGGUUGUUCAAGUGACACCAGAACAAGCAGAGCCAGAGAUACAAGAUGAACUUCCUGAGCCGACUGACACACCAGACAUCACGGUUGACCCAUUGCGACGAAGUGGAGGCAGUACCAGUUUGAGAAAAACUGUGACAGGUGCUGUGUCCCGUCUCAUCGACAUGUCUACUCGGCUCAAUGGAAUAGAUUCCCAUUUUUGCGGGAUAUUCUGUGGCCUGAAGAAAAACCCUCAUAAUAAACGGAUCAGGAGACUGCAGAAAAAUAUGAGAAGUCUAACAGGAAAGCUUCCAAAGGAAAUGCAACCAAAGUCACCACCUUUUCACGGCAUUUUCGAACGUCUCAACAAAGACUUUGGGAUAUCCUUAGAGAGGUCAAGUGGAGAGGUGAAAAAAAGGCUGAGAAAUUAUUCUGACAGUGUAUCGGAGUUGAAGGAAGUUGAGGUGAAACCUCUCGCAAAGGCUCUGAAGAAGCUGGAUAAAAGUGUUGGGAAUUUGUUAGGAGAUAUGAAUCAUGUUCUCGAGAAGUUGAACCGAGAUUUGGCUGAUGAGCCUAAAUAUAGGACCGAGAAUUGGAAAGAAGACCGGGUCGAAAUGGAGACCAUGAGAAAGACUUUAAGAGAGGCGAUCAAGGUCGUAGAAGCCUGGAUGAAACAGAUCAAAAGGUGCACAGAACUAAUGCCCAAAGCAAAGAAGGCCACCGAGAAAAAGAACGUCGAUAUACAUGCUAUUAUACGAAACUGUCGUGAGCUGAAAACAAUGCUAGUGCAAGAAAUGGGGUAGUGGAAUUCCGAUACAUCCCUGUAGAUGCCCAAGUGAGGAGUGUACCUUUUCAACGCCUAUGCAAACAGUGUAACGUCAACACCAACUGCUGAUGACUGUUGGAGUCCAGGUUGGCCAACCUGCGCCAAAAACGUUGGCAAAAAGCAUAUUUUACAACGUAUAUGUUGUAAUGAAUGAACGUCAAGUCUGAAAAUGGUGCUUUUUCCGCUUACAUGUAUAUAAGGCUGUGAAAAUAAAGUGGCUUCCAGUAUACGGUAGAAAAGGCCAUCAAUAAAGAGAUACUUCAUUGCCACUGCUGGCAAUACGAUACGACUAUGAAAUUGACAUGGGCCCGGUCGCAUUUUUCAAUGGAUCUUUUCACGGCAACAUCUGAUCCUCUGUGGCAAAAGUCUCUUGUGGCAAAAGUCUCUCGUGGCAAAAGUCUCUCGUGGCAAAAGUCUCUCGUGGCUUGCCUCUUUGUGAUUGAAUACACAGAGUAAUGAGGUUGAAAUAAAGAAAUCAAAUAUAUAUGGAU